GACCAAAUUUAUGAUAUUCAAAAGACUACAGCUACAAACGGUGAAGCCACUCGAUAUCACAGAAUUCAACCAGAUUCAGAAUCAGAACCCCACCCAAAAUCUCACAAAUCUCAGCAGCUCCGGCUACCAUCGGCGGCAACGUUAGGAUUAGGGUUUGAAUUUGUUCUUCGAAUUCCAAGAUGCCGGCCACAGCAGGUAGGGUUCGUAUGCCCGCUAACAACCGGGUGCACAGUAGCGCGGCCCUCCAAACCCACGGUAUAUGGCAGAGUGCCAUCGGAUACGACCCUUACGCUCCCAAUAAGGAAGACAACAAAACCUCGCAGCAAAAGGCCUCUAACGCCGAACCUGAGGGCGAGAAUGCCUAUGCUAGCUUUCAGGGUUUGCUUGCCCUAGCUCGUAUAACCGGUUCAAACGCCGACGAGGCUCGUGGAGCCUGUAAGAAGUGCGGGCGUGUUGGGCAUCUCACUUUUCAGUGUCGAAAUUUCUUGAGCGUCAAGGAGGAUAUUAAGGGUAAGGACCCGGAUGAGUUGGAGGCUGCGGUUUUGUCUGGGUUAGAUAAGUUGAAGGGGAAGGUGGGUAAGGGGAAAACUGCGGUUGAGAGUUCGGAUGAGAGUUCCGAGGAGGAGAGUUUGAGUUCGGAUUCGGAUUAUGAUUCUGAAAUGGAGAGGGUUAUUGCCAAGAAGUAUAGAAAGAAGGUUAGUGAUAAAUUGAAGUCGUCGAGAAAGAAGAGAGAGGAUUCGGACGAUGAUGCGUCCGAUUCCGGGGAUAGAAAGAAAAGGGGUAGGUCGAAGAAGAGGAGAAGCGGGAAGAGGGCGCAUACGGAUUCUGACAGUGAGGAUGAGGGCGGGAGGAAGAGGAGGAAGGAGAAGCGGAGGAGGAGGGACGAGUCAUCAGAUGAGGAAGAUGAGCGUAGGCAUCGGAGGAGGAAAAGUAGGAAGGAGAAGAGUCGGAGGAGGAGUCAUAGGCAUUCUGAUGAUUCGGAUGCAUCUGAGGAUUCUGACAGGGUGCGGAAGAGCAGGAGGGCAGCUGCACCAUCUGAUUCUGAUGUAAGCAACGCAGAAGAUUCUAGAGUGGGGAGGGACAAAAAGCGGUCUGAGAAAAGAAGUCGGAAGCACCGUCAUCAAGAAGAAGAUUACUGAUUUUAAGGAAGGACCUUGGAACCGGGAGAGUGAUGAUAUCCCGGAAUUGGAGCCCUUGCAUCCCCAAGGGCAGACAAACUAAAUUGUACUAUUGAUUAGCUUCCUAAGGGUCUGGGUGUGAAGUGUGAUGAGUUUGCCUUUCUGUUUAUGAACAGAAAAUUGAAUAAUUGUUGUGAAAUUUGAGGCUACUGUGGAGAAACAACUGUUGUUCAGGUGCCUUGUUUGUUGCAUAUGUUGGAACCAAAUGACUUGGGUUUUUAUUUGGAGUGCACUUUCCAUGGUUAAUGCUUAUUAAAA